CGCAGGCUAAAGGGCGAUUUCGCAUUUACAUUGAUUUGGUUGCCAAGUGCAUAAAAUCGCAUUUAAAUCAUAACUUGCUGGCUGUCAGCAAGCUUGCCAAGUGUUUGAGAACUUAUUUUUCCUAUGAUUUGUGGUAUUUUCUGUUGUAUCGAUACUUAUCGAAAACUGUGGCAGGGUAUCGAAUAUGUGCGAGGUGGUUAUCGUCCUCACGCAUAGUGACGUCACAAGCUCGAUGGACCUGCGCUUCAAUUGGAAUCGAAAUCGCCGUGUGACAUCGGCUGCGCAACGUUGAUGUCGCCCAGUGGUGUCGGCAAAAAGAUUUUGAGGGUUAAAAAGUUCCCCACCCUUUAAGGAUCUCAAAAUACUUCAUAUUUGGUUUUUAUAAAUUUCUUCUGAUACUUGAAAAUAAUAAAUUGCAAUAACAUUGAUCAUAAAAUAUACAAAAUGUAAGCAUAUAAUCGAAAAUAAAAUGUGAAAUAGAACCCCUUACGAAUUCCUGCGUACGCCACUGUUUCCGCCACACGCUUUUCGCCGUCGCCUCGCUUUUUUGUUUUGUAUUUCGAAUUUCGCCUUUUCGCCUCAGUUGCUCAGAAAGUCGCGCGAACGCCGGUAACGGAAAUUCUCGCAAAAACGCAGCGUUUUCGCGUCGCCGUCGACGUCGGCGUUGUGUCGUCGCCGCAACAACAACAAUAAAAUAUAAUAAAAAAACCUAAUCCCUUUUAUUAAAAUCUACAACAAAAAGAAAACCAGCUAACAACAAAAAAAACACAACGACAGGAAGCACAUAGCCACACACAACUCUCACCUAAAAGACUGCAAUCUGCCUUAACCAGAGGAGCAAGAGAAAGAGGGAAUAUAAAGAUAUACAUAUAGGGGAGGAAAAGGAGUGGAGAAAGUGAAAAGGGGAGGAAAGUCCACAGAUUGAUUCUAGCACGAUCCGGAUCUGAAUCGGACCCAGUAAUUCGAAUCCCAGUAGAAAAGAAUCAAAUAUCAGCAUUACAAUCGGGAUCAUUAUGAGUUCGUUUAUCGAGCUGCUGGGACUUUUCCUGCUGUUGAUGCUGCCUUUUCUCUACGAGACUAACCACAUAUUCCGAUACUACUUCAAAUUCAUGAUGUACUACGGCAUCGUAUCCUUCAACUCGAUCGUCCUCAUCCCGGCCUUCCUCACGCGACCCUGCGAUGUCCGCAAUCUACUGUGGGCAAGUACCUGGUGCCACCGCGUUUCGACAUUAAUCGGAUUGCGCUGGGAGCUGCGUGGCAAGGAGCAUUUGGCCAAGGACCAGGCCUGCAUCAUUGUGGCCAACCACCAGAGUUCGCUGGAUGUACUGGGCAUGUUCAACAUCUGGCAUGUGAUGAACAAGUGCACGGUGGUGGCCAAGCGGGAACUGUUCUACGCCUGGCCCUUCGGCUUGGCGGCCUGGCUGGCUGGUCUGAUCUUCAUCGAUCGAGUGCGCGGCGAGAAGGCGCGCGAAACGCUGAACGAUGUGAAUCGGCGGAUCAAGAAGCAACGAAUCAAACUUUGGGUUUUUCCGGAGGGAACGCGACGCAACACGGGCGAACUGCAUCCAUUUAAGAAGGGCGCCUUCCACAUGGCCAUCGACCAGCAGAUACCCAUCCUGCCGGUGGUCUUCUCCUCCUACUGUACAUUCCUCAACGACAAGAAGAAGAUCCUGAAUGCGGGUCGCAUUGUGAUUACCACUCUGCCGCCGGUUAGCACCGAAGGUCUCACAAAGGACGACAUCGAUGUGCUAAUGGACCGGGUUCGCUCUCAGAUGAGCGAAACCUUCAAGCUAACGUCCGCGGAGGCGCUGCAGCGGUACAAGCCGAUGAUGAAGGGAGGCGUUCCUGUUUCCGUUUCCGUUUCCUCACCCGCCUCCAACUCCGCUCCGGAUGCCACGGUGGCCGCCGCCGCGGCCGUCGCCAGCAGCAGUUCCGGAUACGGCCAGCCGGCGGGUUACGGAGCCGGUGCUGCAAAGGCCAGCUUGCUCAAGACACUGUAGGCGACGUAGCAAUUUAAUUUACACACUCAUAUCCCAAAAAGACAAAAAAUCACACACCUCAUUGGCGAAGCUGAAGCGACACGUAGGGCGCUACAUAGUAAACAUUUCAAAAUGGUUGUAAACGGUGCAGCGGCUGAAAAUUUAGAAAGACUGCAGUUACAUCGUUUACAACCAGCUUUAUAGGCCUAUUUGGGAUUUGGAUUUCGACAUAAAAUCUAGAGCUUGUGCAAUUUUGUACACCUACAGUAUUAUCUUGUUUUAUCUUGUGAAGUCAAUAGCUUGUCAAUUUUUGUAAGACUUUUAUUUAAUGUUUUAUGUUUCUGUGAAUUGUAAUUUAAUACCUAUUGGAAUAGUAAUUAGUAACUUAUUUCUUUAAUUAUAUAUGAUGUGGUUAAAUUUUGUAUCAAUAUUUAUACAGUUUAAUUCAAUGUUUAAAACAUGGCUUUCUGUAGCUUUUGUGAUGACAUUUUUCUUUGAUAAAUACCUUGUCAUUUAUAGAUGUUUCUUUAUCAAACUGUAAGAUAUUGAAAUCUGAGAAGUUAAAAGCCCAAAUAGGCCUAUUGGUAAACAAUUCUUAACAUUUCAUUAACUUUAAACACUUUUUCGGGCUCUAUUCAGCUUGCUUUAUCUAAACACUUUGCAAUUUUACAACUGUCACUCAUUUCUGCCUGUAACUGAGCAUCAUUUUGUAGAUUUCAGCACUUGCAUAAUAUUUAAUUUUUCAUCUAAGUAAUUAAGGAAAAGUGAAUUUUAACAGCUUAAUUCAUAGCUUUGGCUUGACUCAGGAAAUGUUUCUGGCUACGGCUCACGUUAAAACACCGACAUCCAAAUAGUUUGGCUAAUUCAGGCACCAAAAUGAGUAUUAGGAACAGCAACAACCAAAUUGCAACCCUCGACUGUCAGACUUUAUCUUUUUCCUAGGCAACACAUACCAAAAAAAAUAUUUAAAAAAGAACCAAAAACUUAAAAGCUAACCUACACUUUGCAACAGGUUUCUAAGGACGCGUCUAACUCGAAGUCUUAUGGAUUAUACUAACAAAUAUUGCUGCAAACGUAUUAAAUCCUUGUUAUAAUCCAAAUCAGUUAGAUUAGAGCCUUAGAUUUCGUUAAUCUUUUUCGAUCUUUCCUUCCUGUUGCCGCGUGUAAUUGUUAGAUGAUUAAACCAAAUAUCUAUAUAUACAUCUUAAAAAUUUAUAAUUAUCUAAACAUAAAUUGUGGAUGACUAGGAUGGCAAAUGGCAUUACAUGUGUGGGCCAAAAUCGGGUCGAUUUUUACAAUUGACCACCUGGCGAGCAGUUAACCGCGUUAUUUUAAAACCACACGUAUUUUAUUUACUAGACAUUCCCUAACUAUGUAGGUUAGGGCACCCAUAUAAAAUAAAUCUUUUCCGCUUGAAAUUGAAUCAAGUUUGUAUUCGAUUAACUUUGUAUUUUGUAUCACCUCAUGGCAUCUAAGGAAUUUAAGGGAUCUUUAAACUAACACCUAUUUAUGUAUUCAAGUAUAAUGUGAAUUGUAUACCAACUACUUGGUAAAGUGUUAACCUAACUUUGUAAAUACGAUGCGGUUUACUUUAAAGACAAAUCAAAAGCGAUAAGAAGACGAAAUCGAAGGAAACAAUUAAAUACGAGUAUAAUAAAUAUUUUUUUUUCGAAUA